AUGUCGAUAACGCAUAGGGACGUUUCCGUGACUCUAGAGGCCGUGACACCACCGUCUGCGUCGAGCGACGUUGGGAAACUGAAGAACUUUUACUGGUCUUCCCAGAAAGAACCGCAUGCUAUCCGUCGUCACGCGAUCCUUAGGGACCAUCCAGAGGUGAAAAAGCUCAUGGGCCAUGAGCCUCUCACUAAAUACAUCGUUUUGGGCGUGGUCUUGUUGCAAUGCACGGUCGCAUAUUUGCUAAGAAACACGCAUCCUUUGAGUGUCAAAUUUUGGGUGUGUGCGUACGUGAUUGGCGCAACGGCCAAUCAGAACAUUUUCCUAGCGAUUCACGAACUGUCGCAUAACCUUGCGUUCCGCAACCCAUGGCACAACAAGUUGUUUUCCGUGUUUACUAACACACCUAUUGGAAUUCCUUAUGCGGCGUCGUUCGCGCCUUAUCACCAAUUGCACCAUAAGUUCUUGGGCGACGAAGUCCUGGAUACGGACAUCCCAACGCGUUUCGAAGCAGUUUUCCUCUCGAGUGUCUUGGGUAAAGCGUUUUUCGCUACUUUCCAAAUCUUCUUCUAUGCCCUCCGCCCCAUGUUCGUAACUUCGAUCCCAAUGUCACCUUUGCAUUUGAUCAACGUCGUUUACCAGUUUUUGUUUGAUUUCGUGUGGAUUCGCAGUUUUGGGAUAAACUCGUUCAUGUAUUUUCUCAUUUCGUCUUUCCUGGCCGGUUCUUUACACCCAUGUUCGGGUCAUUUCAUUGCAGAACACUAUUUGCUAAACUUGGAAGAGGCGAUAGCCGGUGGAAAGCUCGCACUCCACCGUACACCUGGAGAAACCGAGAAAAUAACCUGCACCGACGAGACUGAAGUGAAAAGGCCCGACGUCUCGUUCAAACGCGAUUAUGCGCUCGAGACCUUCUCUUACUACGGAAUUCUCAAUUUGUUCACGUGGAACGUCGGUCUCCACAACGAACACCACGAUUUCCCCUUUGUUGCAUGGUCUAAACUUUGGGAGUUGAACAGACUUUGUCCUGAAUACUAUCAACAUUUGCCUAAACACGAGUCCUGGUGCAAAGUAUUGUGGGAUUUCGUGUUUACAGAAGACGUGACCUUAUACAACAGAGUCAAAAGGGUCAACAAGAACAUGCUCGAGUGA